CUGCCGCUGCCCCCGCCUUCCUCCCGCCGCCGCCCGCCCGUCACCUGAGCCAGGUGCCGGAGCUGCGCCUACAGGAGGCAGCUGGUGGUCUUGGGUCGUCCGUGAUGGUCCCAGAGAUGAAUACCAGUAUGGUAGAUGGCCCGGUGCCCUGGGAGAGCCUCUUCCCCCUGGUGGGGGUUGCCCCAGCCAACUGCAGCCAGGAGGAGGCGCUGGCGCUGCCCACCUUUUCAGCCGCAGCCCAGGCCCGCGUGGUGAUCACUCUGCUGCUGUGCGUCUUCUCCACUGCCUGCAACGUGGCUGUCCUGUGGGCCGGCGUGGGGAGGAGUCAUGCCAAGCGCUCCCAUGCCCGUGUCCUGCUCCUGCACUUGGCAGGGGCAGAUCUGCUGGUCGCCCUGGUGGUGAUGCCACUGGAUGCCGCCUGGAACAUCACCGUGCAGUGGCGGGCGGGGGAUAUGGCUUGCCGGCUGCUCAUGUUCCUUAAACUCCUGGCGAUGUACGCCUCGGCUUUUGUCACGGCCCUCAUCAGCCUGGACCGCCAAGGCGCCAUCUUGCACCCGCUGGCCUUUGCAGAGGCUGGGCAGAGGAGCCAGGUCUUGCUGCAAGCUGCGUGGCUCCUAAGCGUGGCGCUCUCCGUUCCUCAGCUGUUCCUCUUCCACACAAUCACCAUCAGCGCCCCUCAGAACUUCACCCAGUGCACCACCCGGGGAUCCUUUGCCCAGCGCUGGCACGAGACGGCCUACAACAUGCUCACCUUCUCCUGCCUCUUCCUGCUCCCCCUGCUCAUCAUGCUGUCCUGCUACUCAAGGAUCCUGCUGGAGAUCUUCUACCGCACCGGAUCCACAAGCACCCUGUCUGCUAUGGAGCUGCCUUUGCGUCGGUCGCGCAACCCCAUUCCACAAGCUCGGUUGCGUAUGCUGCGCCUCAGCGUGGCUAUUGUGUGCUCUUUUGUGGUCUGCUGGACUCCCUACUACUUGCUGGGUCUCUGGUACUGGUUCUGGCCAGCAGCGAUGGAGUCCCAGGUGUCCCAUUCACUCGCCCACCUCCUCUUCAUCUUUGGCCUGCUCAAUGCCUGCCUGGAUCCUGUAAUCUACGGCCUCUUCACCAUGCCCUGGCCCUGGAGGCUGCGGGGCUGCUGUGCAGAAGAUGGACCAGGGCUACAGCCUCAACCUUCGUCCUCCGUCACGGGCUCCUUCCACUGCUCAGCUUCCACCGUUUGUGACAGACGGGGGACAUCCCAUCUUGGCCUCGUGGAGGCGGCCAGGCCCCCAAGUGUCUGGACCAAGGGCCCGAUUCAUGGCAGCUGCUUGUGAGACAGACUGACAGCUGGGGCUUCUUGCCUGGGCCACUCCAUGCCAGGACCUUACUCCUCCAAGCUCUCCAUCUUGGCAUCACAUGCUGUGCCCCCUGAGGAAACGGAGACUUGAGGGUCCAUACCU